AUGCGUGUCUCCGAGCUUCUCACAUUUGCGCUCGCAUCUGCGGCGCUCGCCUCACCUGUUGAGGAACGCGAUGCAAAGGUCACUCCCUCGAAGCGACCGAACCACCCAAUUGCGCCGCAUCACCCAGGAAAGGCGUUUCCCGCUUCGCCUGCGCGCAAGAAGACCUGCACGGUCAAGGCCAAUGGCAACGGCAAGGAUGACUCCAAUAACAUCCUGAGCGCCAUCAAGAGCUGCAACAACGGCGGUCACGUCGUGUUCCCCAAGGACAAGAACUAUACCAUCGGCACUGCGCUAGACCUUACUUUCCUCAAGCACAUCGAUCUUGAUAUUCAAGGAACCAUCAAGUUCACCAACGACACCGACUACUGGCAAAAGAACGCCUUCUACCAGACCUUCCAGAAUGCCACCACCUUCUUCCAGCUCGGCGGCGAGGACGUUAACGUCUACGGCGGCGGCACUCUCGACGGCAAUGGCCAGGCUUGGUACGACCUGUACGCCAAGGACAUCUACAUCUUGCGCCCUAUCCUCUUCGGCGCUAUCGGUCUCAAGGGCGGGACAAUCGAGGACCUGAAGUUCCGCUACAGCCCGCAGUGGUACACCUUCGUUGCCAACUCCACAGACGUUGUGUUCUCGAACAUCGACAUCUUCGGUGGCAGCACAAGCGAGAACCCCGCUAAGAACACCGACGGCUGGGAUACCUACCGCAGCAGCAACAUUGUGAUUCAGAAUUCGCACAUCGACAACGGCGACGACUGCGUCUCUUUCAAGCCCAACUCCACCGACAUCGUCGUGCAGAACCUCGUUUGUAACGGCUCUCACGGUAUCUCUGUUGGAUCCCUCGGCCAGUACGUUGGCGAAGUUGACAUCGUCAAGAACAUCUACGUCGCCAACAUAUCCAUGUCCAACGCUUCUGAUGGUGCGCGCAUCAAGGUCUGGCCGGGCGCCGCAUCCGCGCUCUCUGGCGACCUGCAGGGUGGCGGUGGCUCUGGCGAAGUUGCCAACGUUACCUACGACGGCAUGACCAUCUCGAAUGUCGACUACGCCAUCGAGAUCACCCAGUGCUACGGCCAGAAGAACAUCACGCUGUGCAACCAGUUCCCCUCGAACCUCACUAUCAGCGACAUCACGAUCAAGAACUUCAAGGGCACCACCAGCGACAAGUACGACCCGCUCAUUGGAUACUUGCAGUGCUCCAGCCCGACGGUAUGCAAAAACAUCAAUAUCUCCAAUAUCGAUGUUAAGAGCCCGAGUGGAACAGAUCUGUACAGCUGUGGUAGUAUCAGCGGUAUUGAGAGCCAGGUGCACUGCACCACGAACGGUACUAAGGGCGGAAACUCGUAG